AUGAGGCUACAGAACAAGAAGCCGCUUCAUAGCUCUCUUUAUCGCUGCAACUCCACCAACACCAAGUUCUGUUACUACAACAACUACAACUUCUCUCCGUCCCGCCACUUCUGCAAGAACUGCCGCCGCUACUGGACUCACGACGGCACCCUCCGAGACAUACCCGUUGGCGGCGGCUCCUGCAAGAACGCCAAGCGCUCUUGCACCGUCACGACCUCCACCACUACUUCCCAGUGGGAUCGUAGCCGUUGGAUCAUGCACUGGACUUCAUCGGCGAAGGAGAAGGAGAAGGAGGAGGAGAAGAAGAAGAGCUGCUCUUUUUCUUCUCGUCGCCCGAAUCCAACGACGAGGAAUCAUGAUGGCCGACGCCAGGUAUCUUCUCCGAUAUCUUCUCAAUCAAAGACUCCUGCUUUGGCUCCUCGUGGUGAUGCUCAUCAGCCCAACGAAACCCUACCUCAUUUUCAGAUCUUCACCACAGUCGAUCCAAAAACCCUCACGUUGCAUGUUUCGAAACUGAUAGAAACUCUCGAGACUCAAGUCACUCUCUCUAAGCUCUGUGGAGGCUAUAUACGACGAAGAAGAGGAAUUGAUAGAAUUAAUUGGACCGUUAAAAUGGAAAGAAUCCAUAAAACUGUAGGAUGGAAACCCAACGAAGAUCAGGUUAGCUUAGCAUCAAUAGGUGAGGAGGAGUUGAAAAGCAAAAAGACAUAG